AUGGCCGAGACGGAAAAUGGCCAUAUCGCGCAGGAUGGCGAAGGCUCGAAUCCCGAGCCAUCCUUCUAUGAACAGAAGGACGCUCGCCAGGUUAUAGGCAGAAUAAUAAGUACAAACUUCGCGGUCAUGGUAGCUGGACUGAAUGACGCUGCCACGGGUGUGCUGAUACCCUACAUCCAGCCAACCUACGAGAUAGGUUUGCUGCAAGUCUCAUUCAUAUAUCUCGUGAAUUUUGCCGGCUGGCUCUGCGCUUGCUUUGCCAAUAUCCAUGUCUGCUCCAGGCUAGGAACGGGGGGCACGCUGCUCUUGGGCGCAACGGUUCAGUGCCUCGGGUAUGCACUCAUGUUCUGGCAUCCGCCCUAUCCUCUUUUCAUGGCCGCCUUCUUUUUCACGGGCAUGGGUGUCGCUUUCCAGGAUGCGCAGGCAAACGCAUUUACUAUCACUGUGAAGAACGCUCAUAGAUGGCUGGGCAUACUUCAUGCUGUUUAUGGGAUGGGAACUAUCAUUGCUCCACUGAUUGCUAACACAAUCGCCUCGCGAACGCCAGAAUGGCACCAUUACUACUUGAUCGUGUUCUGUGUGGGCGUUGUGAAUAUCUUGCUUCUCGCGUGGACAUUCCGGCGAGGUCUUUUCCGACCUAAUGUGCGAAAUGCCAAGGAUACCGCUGGUAGUGAAUUGAAGGCUACGCUAGCUAAUCGGUCGGUGUGGAUCCUGAAUGGAUUCUUCUUCCUCUAUGCCGGCGCGGAAGUGGCUUCCGGAGGUACGAUUCUGAAAUAUAAGCCGAGUAUAUAUGUCUUCCAGUUUCAGCUAACCUGGAUAGGAUGGAUUGUUCAGUUCAUUAUCUCAGUAAGGCAUGGUGACCCGAAGAAAGUAGGUUAUAUCGCCUCCGGGUUUUGGACUGGCUUUACCGUGGGCCGGGUUCUUCUCGCGGACAUUACACACAAAUUCGGUGAGCGUCGAAUGGUCUUUGCUUAUCUCGUGCUGGCGCUGGCGAUGCAGCUUGUGUUCUGGAUCGUCCCGAGUAUCCCUGUAAACGCUAUCGCGGUCUUCCUCUUGGGCUUCUUCAUCGGACCGUUUUACCCUGUUGGACUAUAUGUUCUUACUGAAAUCGUGCCCCAAGAGCUUCAUGUCGGGGCAAUUGGCUUCACUGCGAGUCUAGGACAAGCUGGCUCGGCCGCUUUCCCCUUCAUGACGGGCGCAAUAGCCUCGAAAGCAGGUGUUCAAGUCUUGCAACCGAUCAUGGUCGGCUUGCUUAUCGGUAUCGGUAUAUUCUGGGCUUUUAUUCCGAAACAGGGGACCAUAAGGCUCGAGGACGACGACGAUGAGAACGCCCGACUUAUAAACUAG